AUGCUACAAGGACCACUACCAAUUCCACCAUUAUCCACUGGCUCUUAUAGAGUCGCAUAUAACGGAUUGACCGGAGAACUUCCACCAUUGAUCUGUCGAUUGAGUUCUCUUCAUUUUCUUGAUUUGUCUAACAACAACUUGACUGGAACUAUUCUUCCAUGUUUGAGUAACUUCAGUGAUUCUUUGAAAGUUCUAAAUCUCAAAGGCAACAACUUUCAGGGUCCCAUUCCUCACUCAUACAAUAAAGGAAACAAAUUGAAGAUGAUUGACUUCAGUGGUAAUAAAUUACAGGGGAAGGUGCCAAGAUCAUUGGCAAGUUGUACCGAGCUUGAGAUUCUUGAUCUCUCAAAUAAUCUGAUUGACGAUACAUUCCCCUUAUGGUUAGGAGAUCUUACAAAGUUACACGUUCUCAUCUUGCGAUCCAACAAAUUCUAUGGUGCAAUAGGGAAUCCCAAAAUUAAGUUAGAGUUACCAAAUUUGCACAUCAUUGACCUCUCUCAUAAUGGUUUUACCGGUGAUUUGCCAUCAAAAUACUUUCAAAAUUGGAAUGCAAUGAAAUUUUUUGAUGUCAACAAGAUGAAAUAUAUGUUCACAUUCAUUGAAGUUUGCAGGAACAAUGACGUCGAUUGGGCUAAUAGUUAUUUGUACACACUGAACAUUACAAAUAAAGGUGUAAAUACAAAAUAUCAGAAGAUCCCGAAUAUCUUCACUGCCAUUGAUCUCUCAAGCAACAAAUUUGAAGGGGAGAUUCCAGAAUUUAUUGGAAACCUUAAGGGGAUUCAAUUGCUCAACCUUUCCAACAAUGACCUUAAUGGUGGAAUCCCAUCAUGCUUAGGGAACCUAACAAACCUUGAAUCUUUGGACCUUUCUCAAAACGAGGUCUCGGGAGAAAUCCCUCAGCAACUAGCACUUCUUACUUUCCUUGAAUUUUUAAUGUCUCAAAUAACCAUCUCACUGGACCCAUUCCACAUGGGAAGCAAUUCAACACAUUCGAGAACAAUUCCUAUGAGGGGAAUUCAGAAUUGUGCGGAGACCUUUUACCAAGGAAAUGUGGAAAGUUAG